AACUGCGUCAAGGCGUAGCCUGAAACAGGUGGAAUCAAACCCGGAAGUGAGAUGCUCGAAACAAAGAUGGUUUCCUCCUCAGGGUAAUGCCAGAUAAACAAAAUAAUAUGAGGGAAACUCACGGAAUGUCUCAGCGACAAGAUGAAAUGUCUGGUCUUUGAAUGUCUGGCUACAGCUGAUAAAUAAUAAACAGCCUCUGAGGCGACCAUGAUGGAUAUGAGCAUAGCCUACGGAGGCUCCUACACGGAUAAUCUUAUUGGGACGUUACUUGCCAUUUUUGGAAAUGUGCUUGUCAGCAUCUCCCUCAGUAUUCAGAAAUACAGCCAUGUGACAUUGGCAGGAACCAAGGACCUUCGUGCCUUCUACCGCACCAAAACCUGGUGGUGUGGUUUUGUACUGACAUGCGUCGGGGAGGGAGCCAACUUUAUUUCAUAUGCCUUCGCCCCCCUCGCACUGGUAGCACCUCUAAACGCUGUGUCUGUACUUGCAAGUUCAAUUUUGGGCCUUAUUUUUCUGCGUGAGAAAUCCAAGCCAAAGGAUUUUGCAAAGCGCUAUGGACUGUCCUUCCUCGGCUGUCUCCUAACUAUAGGAGGAACAUAUCUAUUUGUAGCAUUUGGACCAAACUCUCAUGAAAAACUCAAAGCAGAGAACAUUGUGAAUCACCUUGUAGGAUGGCCUGUUCUCUUGUAUCUGCUCCUGGAGAUCAUCACGUUCUGCCUGCUUUUAUACUUCUACAAACAGCGCAAUGCUAACUCCCUCAUUAUUAUUCUGAUGCUGGUCGCUCUGUUGGGAUCGGUCACAGUCAUCACAGUGAAAGCGGUGUCAGGCAUGUUGGUUCUCACAUUCGAGGGCACCAUGCAGCUGGACUACCCGAUCUUCAGUGUUAUGUUUGUGUGUAUGGUGGCUUCAGUGGUCUUCCAGGCUAGUUUCCUUUCCCAAGCUUGUAAGCUGCAUGACUCCUCUCUGAUUGCCAGUGUCAACUACAUCCUCUCUACCGUCCUAGCUGUGGUAGCUGGGGCUGUGUUUUACCUAGAGUUCAAUAAAGAAGACAUCCUUCACAUCUCCAUGUUUUUGUUAGGAUCUGCAUUCUGUUUCCUUGGAGUGUUUCUCAUCACUAAAAACAGGAAAAAGACAAAGAACUUUGAGCCGUAUGUGACUAUGGACAUGGUUAAUGGAGUCCCAACUAUUCACGACAAAGGCUUGGUUGUUCAGCCAGACUCCAAUUGCUCUUUCUCCUAUGGAGCUCUGGUCAACAAUGAUGGAGUUGCUCCUGCUACACAUUCGGUCAACCUUGAGCAACCACCGGUCCGUUCCAGGUCCAGUAAUGCAUCUAAUGGCCAGCCUGACCUAAAGAGAGAUUAAAACAGAGUAUUUGCCCCUUUUCAUGAGAAGGACCUUGGAAGGCCAUUAUGGGUAUUUUCAACUCUUUUCACAUGUACCCUGGACCAACCUCCAGCCCAGCAGAGGGUGUUAACUGGGUGCCUUACACUCCCAUUCACAUGCUUUGCUUUCUAUAAUCUCUUCAACAAAACCUGAUCAUAAGAAGCGUUCCUUUUAGAGAAGAUGUCAGCUGUUAUCAUUCCAAACUGAAGAGAGGAAACCUGAAGCUGCUGGAUGUUUUAUUGGAUUCACAGCAGAGGUGAUGUUGUGCCUUGGAGCUUACUGCCUUCACUGUGUUAGAAUGGAGAUCUAAGGACUCACUCCCAUGACUGUUAAGCUAUUCUUUGCUCAUUAAUGACGGCAUUAAGGGAUCUGUUCUUCCAUUGAGGAUUGUGAACUCACGCCUCAACAUUGUAAAAUAUAACUGCAGACGUGCCAAUGAGCUUUUUGACUUUAAAUAUCUGCCUCUAUCUUUUUUUAUGCGAGUGGUUUUUACUCCGCAAUUUUGCCUCCUGUUCCAGGAAUUUCAUUGUAUUACUACUUUCCUGAUGUGACCAAACGAUGGGGGCACAUUUUCUAAUUUAUUGUAAUGUAUUUAUCAAUUCAAUUUAGAUGUUAGUGUGCCUUAACAAGUAGCAGUACACUGGAAGUAGCUGUAUUUACUGUAAGGUGAUUACAUGACCCAGGUGGGUGAUUGGAGCAUCACUGUAGCAGUUCAGUUAUAAAAAAGUGACUGUAUAGUAUACUGAUUAUUGAAAUCUGAAACCUUUGAAAAGAAGGUGAUCACUGAUCACUCAAAAAGAAGGGAAGUAAAUCAUACAAGCCUCUUAAAACAACUAACUUGACUACUCUACUGUUUGUGUACAUUUUGAAAAUAAUGUUGCUGUCCUUUUAACCUGAUGCCCUUGAAGUUUUUGAUGACAAACAAAUGAAGAAAUAAAAGACAACAUAUGCAUAUUGUUAAUUAUGUUUUUCAAAUGUAACCUUCCCAUCAACAUGUUACAAACGCAGUAUGUGGAUGAUCUUUAUUUAUUGAACAUACUGUAUGUAGCAAUGCCCUUCCACAGUAUUCAUCAUGUAGUCAUUUUUGUUAUAUCACCUGUGGUUUGUUGUGUGUGCAUAACGUCAUUACAUCCCUGUACAAACCAACCAGUCUUAAUAAAACUGCCAUUAAUGGAACCUUAACAGUGAUGCUGAAAGAAAAAAGACUAGCUUAUUUUUCUUGUGGAUGAUAUGCAUUGUUAUGUCAUUAGCUUAAUGUUACCUGAUAUACUUGGGUGCUCCAUACGUUGUUUAACUCUGAGAUUUGAUGGAACAACCUUGUUUUCUCAGUUGUAUUCAUGUAAAUAAUAAUGAUGUCACUUGUAACCGGA